AUGUCAGAUAUACCACUCGUAGAUCAACCAAAUGAUGAAGACGUUGAGAUCAUAGACUUCUCAACCACCACCAAGACUAAAAAGAAGAAGAAGAAGGCCUCAAAGAAAUCUAAGGCUGAAAAAGCUGCUGAAGAAGGUGACGAUAAAGCUGAUCAAAAAGAUCAGAAAACAAGUCUAUUAGUAGCAGAGGGUCACGUUGAAUAUAACUAUCAAGAUAUGCUAACCAGAAUCUAAUAAAUUCUGAUUCAAAAGAAUAUUUUGAUAGGUGAAACUAGCAAACUAAACAAAAAUGAGGAUCCAUACGUAGUCAAGCUAGGAACAACUAAGACUGCUUGGUAAAACUUUGAUACUAUGGUUACCGCAAUCGACCGUAAGCACGACCAUUUACUCAGUUUCAUCUCUACCGAGUUGGGAGUAGAAGGUGUGUUGGGAGGUGAGAAUAACUUAAUUCUCCAGGGUAAGUUCCAAGGAAAGCAUAUUGAGAGAUUAUACAAGAAGUAUAUGGAGCAGUAUGUCAGAUGCCACAAUUGCAAACAAUAUCAAACCAAACUAGAUAAAGACCCCAGUACAAGACUUUACAUGCUUGAGUGUAAACUUUGUGGUUCAACUAGAUCAGUUGCAGCAAUCAAAGCCGGUUUCCAUGCAGUCAAAAAGGGAGAAAGAAAGAAGGCAAGAUGA